AUGCAACGAUCCCAACAAACCGCGAACCCAACUUUCCCUUCAUUUCCAUCCUCCAGCUCGGGGAUACAUGAGCCACAGGAUCUUGGACAAGGGGCAGUGCACACGACAGGGCUGGAACUUGCUGAUGUAGGCCCCGAGCACUUAACUACUGGUUUGACUAUUCCGGAACUUCAGCCUGGAAACCUCCCGCUUGAUCCGUUAGCUUCCUAUCCCCAGCCCCUCGCGGAUGCUUCUCAGCCCGUCCUUUCCGAAGCCCAGCCUUUUUCUAGGGGUCCCGAAGAUUUCCCUUGGUCCUUGCUGGGUGCAUUUGCGAAUCCCGAGAGCAGUGAUUCACCUUCUCAGUCCACUGCGGAUCCCCAGCCUCCUGUUGCAGCCCCUCAGACCAUUAGUUUGAAGGCGUUGUUGCUUCAGAAUUCUCCGCAGCGUAGUCCGCGGAAGCGAACAUAUUCAGAAGGUCCACAGCAGGAGCCGUAUCCGGGGCUCGAACCUGAUUCCUGGCUGGAUAAUGUACCCUUGAUCGACAGUUCGCCAGAGGAGCAAAGACAGAGCGAGGCAUUUUCGCCUAGCUGGGCGUCGCCAGACCAGGCAGCGCCUUGUUCAGGUGCUGCAUGCCAGUUCUCCGCAGGAGCAGCAAGUUCAGGAUAUGUAGGCCAGGACUACUCAACAGCGUCAGCAGCUGGUGCAGGCGAGGCUGGCGCCCCUGCUGCUGCAGCAGCAGGACCGCCAGCAAUGGCAACAGCUAGGCCUGCGACUGACUGGAUGGCAAAGACAGAGCGAGGCAUUUUCGCCUAA